GAAAAUGCUAAAGACGGACACUCGAUCGAUGGAACCGGCGAUAAAAAGGUGGCGGUGAACGACCUUGACGUGUACUUUCAGUUGAAAUUUGCGGGUGAUAAACUGAAGAGAACGCUUGACAGCCAGAAAGAUGAACGUACCACGUUCCUUGUGGAUAGCUGGCAGAAGAAGCUGCUUGACGCGGUCGACAGCGACACAUCGUGCGUUAUAUCAGCACCUACAUCCUCCGGAAAGACGUUCAUCUGCUUUUACGCGAUAGAAAAGGCGAUUGCAGAGGGCAGGCAGCUCAUAUUCUGUGUGCCUACCAAGGCACUCGUGAAUCAGGUGGCAGCAGACAUCCUCAUACGCUUCGGUGAUCGUUGCAAGUACGGCAUCGUUAUGCCCGAUUAUCAGGUGAACGCACAGUGCGAUGUACUCGUAACGGUGCCCAUGAUGUUAGAGGCGCUGCUCGAGAGCGAUUUGGAGCGCACGGCCGAGACAGCACACAAGCGCAACAAGCCCGGUCUACCUGCGUGCCACGAUACGAUCGUUAUAAUCGACGAGAUCCACAAAAUCAACUCGGAUGAGAUGGGCGCAUACAUCGAGCGUAGCGUGCACAAAGUGAAAGGGCCGCUGAUCGUGCUGAGUGCAACGCUUGGCGAUAACAACCGGGUGUAUGAGUGGAUACGUGCCGUUGAGGGAAUGAAAGGAAAGGAGUGUGUGCUGGUUGAGCACAAGGAGAGGUACUGUGAGCUGAGGAACUACUACUACAAUGGGGAGAUGGUCGGGAUCAGCCCGUUGGUAGGGUAUGGUGGGUACGUCCAUGAGGAUGGUGGACUGGGCGGCAAAUCGAGAAAUUGUUUGGAUGUGCAGACGGGCAGGGAGUGCGGUGCUGGAUCGGGUGGUGGUGUGGGAAAGAAUUUGGACGACGAAUCGGAUGGCGGCUUGAAUGGCGGGCUGAAGGGUAUGCCGGGCCACGGGCCUGAUUUACAUCCGUGCGAUGGGGGGAUGCGCACUCCUGCGAGAUCGGACCCGUUACGUGCUGAGAACGCCAAUCUGCUGCCCGAGGAUGUCCUGAAACUGUACUACUCCGUAUUCGAGAUAAUAAAAGAGAAUAAAGCGCUGAAGAAGGAGUACAAGGCGCUGCGCUUCAAAAAAUACUUCAAGAGCAACAUCAUAACGAAGAAGGACGUACGGGCGUACUGCUCAAGCAUUUUUGCGUUCGUGAAGAAGCACGGCUUGAUGAAGCAAACGAUCGAGUUGAUGAACAGAGAGACAGAGGAUGCAUUUAAAAUACGCAGCGAUGUAAAAGAACUGAACAACCUCAUAGAAACGCUCAAGAAGAGCGACAUGCUGCCGUGCAUCGUGUUUAACAUGGACAGGGAGUGUGUGAACGAAUUCGCUGUCUCGCUGUUCAACCUCGUGCAGAAGAACGAGGUGGUGCAGAAAGUCGCACGCAUCAAAGUGCCAAAGAAUAAAUCAUUGGUCAAGAAGAGGGACGAGUGGAUGGAGGAGAGUGCGCGUGAAGAGGAGAUGAGCAAUGCCGUUGUACCACGCGAUGAUUACAUGAUAGAGAAGAUCAGCGAUGAAGAGCUUGAUGAGCUGGUGGCAGACGUGCGCGUAAAUCCGGUGUACAAGAAAAUGCUGUACUACGGGAUAGGCGUGCAUCACAACGGUAUGAACAAAAAGUACCGGGAGAUCGUUGAGAUUCUGUUCAGGAACAAAAACUUGGGCGUGGUGUUUUGCACGCACACGCUCAGUCUUGGCAUUAACAUGCCGUGCAAGACCGUGGUGUUUGCGGGUGAUAGCGACCGGCUGGACAGGAUCAGUGUGGUGCAGAUGAGCGGACGGGCGGGCAGAAGAGGAUACGAUACGAUCGGACAUGUCAUUUUUGUGGGCUUUGAGGGGUACCGGAUCAGGAGAUUGAUGCGCGAUGGUGAAAGCGUGGUCAAAGGGUACAGUAACAGCGUGUAUGGGUGGAUGUGGGCCGGUGGAGAGUACAUGAGGAGCAUGGCCGAGCAUUGCUUCAGCGUUCUUGCCGAUGAUCGCGUGGUGGGCACGGACGAGGACAGCGGUAAUCGGGGUGGUGGGGUGCAUGCAAGCAGCAGCACGGAUGGCAGUGAGAAUAGGGCGAAACACGGCGAUGGAGAUGACAACAGCGCAAUGCUUACGGACCAGCAGCGUGGAACGGCUAGCAGCGCCUUACAUCCGCAACUUACAUCGAUAAUAGAGCGGUCACCCUACCAAAGGCAAAUUGAGAACGUGUUUGCCGUGCUCGUGCGCUACGAUUUCAUUAAAGUGGAGAACGGCACGUUCUAUAGGACCAAAUGGGGGGAUCUUCUCCUGUUCAACGAGAUGAGCGAUCCCCUGCUUUUCCUGAUACUCCUGAGGAACGGUGCAAUUGAUUUGGACGGAAUGAGCGCGAAGACGUUCUUUAUGGUGCUGUGUCACUUUGUAGAGGUACGGUGGACGUACAGGGAUAGCGGCGAUGCGCCUCCGAUCCUUGAGGAUCUUCCCGAGCGUGUAGAACGCUGUCUUGCCGGCAUCAACGCAGCAUACCCCACCAAGCUGAAGAUAACACCGACCAAUACGCAGCUCAUACCUCCGUUCCUGCACGCUCAUCCCUGCCAGAGAAAGGAUGCAUACCUGUACAAUUUCUUUGUGGGUGGCAGGAAGGGGUGUGAACACAUUCCUAUGGGCGAUUUGUGGCAGAUCUGCUUUAGAGUUAACAAAUUGCUGGGCAGCUUGGUUGAGGUGCUUGAUGGGAAGGGUAAGCGGGUGGUUAAGGAUGUUAAUGAAGUGUUUAAGACUAAAUUUGAGGAGUUGCAUGCUUAG